CAGCCGCGUCGACGUCGCCCAAGACUGGAGCGACGUUUAAAGAAGGAGCGGAAUCGCCGCGGAGUCCGGCCUCUUGUUGUCGGAGGCCUCCCACCGUUCGGCGCGGCCUGAGGAGGAGAAGCGGCGACGCGGAAAAGCAGGCAUGGAGAGUAGAAAACUGAUUUCUGCUACAGACAUUCAAUACUCUGGCAGCCUGCUGAACUCCUUGAAUGAGCAACGUGGCCAUGGACUCUUCUGUGAUGUCACCGUUAUUGUGGAAGACCGAAAAUUCCGGGCCCACAGGAAUAUUCUUUCAGCUUCUAGUACUUACUUCCAUCAGCUCUUCUCAGUUGCUGGGCAAGUUGUUGAACUAAGCUUUAUAAGAGCAGAGAUCUUUGCAGAAAUUCUCAACUAUAUCUAUAGUUCUAAAAUUGUUCGCGUUAGAUCAGAUUUACUUGAUGAGCUAAUUAAAUCAGGGCAGUUGUUAGGAGUUAAGUUUAUAGCAGAGCUUGGUGUCCCAUUGUCACAGGUGAAAAGCAUCUCACGUACAGCUCAGGAUGGUAAUUCAGAAACCUUACCUCCUGGUUCUGGUGACAAGAACCUUGAAGCACAAAAAUCAAAAGACGAAACCCAAGAUAAUGGGGCAACCAUAAUGCCUAUUAUAACAGAGUCUUUUUCCUUAUCUGCUGAAGAUUAUGAGACAAAAAAGAUUAUUGUUACUGAUUCAGAUGAUGAUGAUGACGACGUUAUUUUCUGCUCUGAGAUUCUGCCUGCAAAGGAGACUUUGCCAAGUACCAGUGCAGUGGCACAGGCCCAGCCUAAUCCAGGCCCUGUUGCUAUUUCAGAUGUUGCACCUUGUGCUAGCAGUAACUCCCCCCCUAUAACAGAAAACACACCUCCUCAGAAACUUCCUACUCCUGUGAAUCAGGCAACUCUGAGCCAAACACAAGGAAGUGAAAAAGUGCUGGUAUCUUCCGCCCAGACACAUCUGACUCCUAACAUCAUUUUGUUAAAUCAGGCACCACAUACUACGCCACCAAAUGUCAGUCCUUCACUUCCAAAUCAUAUGUCUCCUUCAAUCAAUGUACUUGUGCCGAAUCAGCAGACAAACAGUACUGCUUUGAAAGGAAACAAGGCCAAUGACGAGGAGGAGGAGGAAAUUAUAGAUGAUGAUGACGACACUAUUAGCUCCAGUCCAGAUUCAGCUGUCAGUAAUACAUCUUUGGUCCCACAGGCUGAUACUCCCAAAAAUACCACUUUUGACGGAUCACUGGUACAGAAGAUGCAGAUCCCUACACUUCUGCAAGAGCCACUUUCCAAUUCUUUAAAAGUUUCAGAUAUAAUUACUAGAAGCACUAAUGAUCCAGUUUUAGAAUCAAAACAUCUAAUGGAGGGUCAGAAGAUCAUUACUUUAGACACAGCUACUGAAAUUGAAGGCUUGUCAACUGGUUGCAAGGUUUAUGCAAAUAUUGGUGAAGAUACUUAUGACAUAGUGAUCCCUGUCAAAGAUGACCCCGAUGAAGGGGAGGCCAGACUUGAGAAUGAGAUACCAAAAACAAUUAGCAGUGAGCCAGCAAACAAACGUAUGAAAGUAAAACAUGAUGAUCACUAUGAGUUAAUAGUAGAUGGAAGGGUCUAUUAUAUCUGUAUUGUGUGCAAAAGGUCAUAUGUCUGUCUGACAAGCUUGCGGAGACAUUUUAACAUUCAUUCUUGGGAAAAGAAGUAUCCUUGCCAUUACUGUGAGAAGGUAUUUCCUCUUGCAGAAUAUCGCACAAAGCAUGAAAUUCAUCACACCGGGGAGCGAAGAUAUCAGUGCUUGGCUUGUGGUAAAUCUUUCAUCAACUAUCAAUUUAUGUCUUCACACAUAAAGUCAGUUCAUAGUCAAGAUCCUUCUGGAGACUCAAAGCUUUAUCGUUUACAUCCAUGCAGGUCUUUACAGAUCAGACAAUAUGCAUACCUCUCGGAUAGGUCAGGCGCUGUGCCUGUAAUGAAGGAUGAUGGAAUUGGGUAUAAGGUUGAUGCUGGGAAAGAACCUCCAGUAGGGACCACAUCCGCUCCUCAGACCAAGCCAAUGACCUGGGAAGAUAUUUUUAUUCAGCAGGAAAAUGAUUCAAUUUUUAAACAGAAUGUAACGGAUGGCAGUACUGAGUUUGAAUUUAUAAUACCAGAAUCUUAUUGAACUCCUUUGAAAUAUCAAAGUUUUGGUUUGGCUUUCAGAAGACCUAUAAAACAAAUUAAGAAAUUUUAUGUGACAUGUCAUCUGAAGGUAGUUUAGUUGAAUUAUCUGUUGGUAAUUUCUAGAAGCAAAUUAUUCUGAAGGUUUGUAGAGAUUGAGAACUCCCAACCCCCAAGUAUCUGUUUAUAUAGUUAGCUAUCAGCUCACUUAAAGGGGGCAAAAAAAGCUUGGAGAGAUAGUUUCCAGAAUAGAAUUUGAUGCAGUCUGAAUGUUUUUUUAAGAUAACUGGAGUUAUUAGCAUACCCUAGUAUAUCUUAAACUUUCCCCUUCUAUGUUAGCACUUUACUGCUCAAUUCUCAAUUUUCUUAAUAUUGAGACUAUAAAUGUGUGUUGUGUUUUGUAUAUGGCAUAAAAAGUAAACAAGAACUUCUGAAGUUGUUCUGGAAAUUUUUUAAACAAUGUUCCGCGUGGUUGUGUGUUCUGCUAGUCCAAAUGGAUAGCAACCUCCUGCCUCCUUCCAUGAAAAUGGCCAUGCAGUCAAGUCUCAUCUGAAGAAUUAAUUUUAGCCAAUUAGAUUUAAAUCUUACUUUUAUUGUCAUAGUGUGGAAAAGACUUUGGUGGCUGGGACUAUUGUAUAUAUACCUUUGCUAUGUGGUCUCUGUGGUUAAAAAAAAAAUACUGAUCUCUAAUGCAGACAGGAGGCGAUGAAAAGUUCUGUUGCAUUAUUUUUGAAUAUUUACUCUUUCGUGUUAGAGGCAGAGUAGAAGUGAUUGGAGAUUGCCUUUUUGCUCAUUAUGGUUAAAAAUAGUCCCAUGAAAAAUUUUCAAAUUUUGAAUAUGUAAGCCACCAAAAUAAAUCUUUAAUUCUAUAUAAAUCUUUAUACAUGAUAGGUUCCAGAAAUGAGACUCCUACAUAUUUUGGGUAGGAGGCUACUGGCAUAUAUUUUUCAAUGUUCAUAUUUCUUAGAAUCUCUAAUAGGAAUUUUUCAUUUGAAAUAACUGAAUCAGUGAUCUAGUACUUUCUUAUCAGCAGGACCUUUUAGGUUUUUACCCUUUCGCAAAUAAGUUCCAUUCCAUCUGCAAAUUGCUGCAAUGUUAUAGCAAUCAAACUAUAUAUGGAAUGUAAAAUAAGCUUGUUGAUCCCCCUUUAUCUUGAGACCAGUAAAUACCACCUUUCUUCCUUUUUAAAUGACACAUAUUUAAACAUUUAGAAAAUAAAGUAAAAACUUAUUGAAGUGCUAGAACUAAAAGGAAGCAGGUUGGAAAAUAUAGCCUAGCAUUUAUAACAAGAUUAACUUGUUGAACUUCUUCUGUAAAUGACUUUGCAAAGAAAAAAAUUUAAUAGAUACUGAAAAAGAUUGUUGUGCAUAGUUAUUAGUCAUGUGUAACUUUGCUUAAGUAUUUCUUAAUUCAACAUAUUUUCUUUCUCCUUAAUGUAUUUUUUAAAAUAGUCUAUUUCUUGACUUCAAACUUAAAGCUUUAAUUGUAAUUUCUCAUGUAUACAUCAUUCUUCUGAUGGUAAACUAGAUUUAAAGAUAAUGGUUUCAGUGUUUCUAAAGUUGGUAGCUGAGGGUAUCAGGCAUCAGUAUUUGCAAUAAUACAAGGAGAAAGAAAAAGUAAUCUGUUGCUUACUGAGGCUUAGAAUCACGUACAUCUGUUUUCCGUUCUUUGAGUCUAUACUGUCAAAAACCAUUUUGUAAACUAAUCCUUGGAAAAUUUUAAAUUACCUUAUAACUCAAGACUCGGCAAUCUCCGGAUUCACAAUAUCUACUUCCUUUCUGUGUAGAUGUUGAUAGCAUUGCUCUUUGGCUAUAGGUGCAUUCUGAAAUAUUUCACCAGUUAGACAUAAUUACUCUACAAGUAUGAGUGAUACUGAUGCCAGCAGGGCUUCCAGACUUUUUAGACUUAAGUGCUAGAUAAAUUAGUUUGUCAUCGUAACACUUGGUAUUUUCUACAGGCUAUUAUGUCAGACCAAGAAUUCUAUAAUGGAACACUAUCCAUUCUGAGUUAUAUGGAUAUUAUUUUUUGCUUCUGCUGUGCUUUAUGUAAAUUCUUUGUCUGAGAUUUAAACUGUGCCUACUGAAGGUAACUUCCAGAGUUUGGGGGGGAGGAGGAAAACCGGAAAAUUAAAUUGUAUUUUUGCCAGAAGACUCUUUCUUGCAUGUAUAUCAGAGUCUUCAGUUUUUCUAGAAAUUUAUUUGAAGUUUGGAAUUCAUGUGGAAUAUUCUAGUAAAGGGUUUACACCCUUUACUCCCAGUAUUUAUUAGGUUGGAAAUCUGCAGCAAGACAUUAUAUAAUACUUCCUGUGGGUUUUCUUAUUUUAUACUUAGUUUUCUGGCUAUUGAACUUCACUUUUUCUUUCAAGUUGGCCUCAAAUUUGGUUAUGGGAUAAAUUACCCAUAAAUAUUCUAGAGAGGAACUAUUCGAAAUAUCAAUUUGUUAAGAUGGCAGAAAGUGAAACUGUUCAAACUAAGCAAAGAUGUUUAAAUGAUCAUUAUAAUUUUGGUGGUAAUUAUUCCCCACAUGCAACUACUAUGAGGAAUUAAUGCUGCAUUGUUUCCUAUUAUACAAAAAAAGAUAAAGCAAAUGGUAAAAAUGUCACAAGGUAUUUUGUAUGGUCAAGGCAUGCAUAUUCUAAAAAGUUAAUUGCUAUUCUACAGGAUUGGCUUCCUCACCUCUGUCAAUCAUGUGAAAACUUGUCCAUUUUCACCUAAUGCUGUAAUAUUCAUACUUGUACAAUCUUCCCUUUCAUGACUUUUAAGUUCUACAUUUCAACUGUUACCUGAUAUUAGUUCGUAGAGAUUCAUAUGGCAAAAAUAAAAUGUUUUGUGAUUUUUGAGUGCA